CACUUCAUUCAAUUGGUUUUCACUGCUGAGCCUUCUGGGAGGCUUCUAAAAUAUAAUUCGGUCACAAAAGAAACCACUGUCCUCUUGCGAGACCUUCAAUUCCCUAAUGGUGUCUCCCUAAGCAAGGACAGAUCUUUCUUUGUAUUCAAUGAAGGCAAUCGUGGAAGGUUGAGCAGAUACUGGCUGAAAGGUGACAAGGCAGGGACGUCGGAGGUUUUCGCCCAGCUUCCUGGGUUUCCAGAUAAUGUGAGGACAAAUGAAAAGGGUGAAUUCUGGGUAGCAAUACAUUGCCGCCCCACCAGACUUGCCUAUCUCCUAAGCAGAUAUCCUCGGUUAUCGAAGUUUCUGCUAAAGCUUCCAAUUCCAGCAAAAAUGCAGUUUUUGUUGCGUAUUGGUGGAAGACUUCAUGCGAUUAUUGCAAAGUACAGCCCUGAAGGAAAGCUGCUUGAACUGCUGGAGGAUCAGCAAGGAAAAGUAGUUAGAGCUGCGAGUGAAGUUGAAGAGAAGGAUGGAAAGCUAUGGAUUGGAUCUGUCUUAAUGCCAUUCAUAGCCGUAUUUACGUUAGAGUAAAAUGAGUAAUGUUUAUCUCACCUGUUGUAUCUUUGAUAUCAUGAAAUACCAUGUUAUUAAAUGUGCUAUUACUAUAGAACUGCCUUUCCUUUAUGUUUUUCCAUGUAGUGAUUGAAGACUUUGGAGAGAUUAUUACGUGCGGUGUCUGGACCAUCCGGAGUGAGUUCGGACGCACCACAUCACCCGGAUGCACUGGGCCCCGGGUGAUGUGGCACAUCCAAAUUCACCUCUGGACGAAUCCGGACGCCACACGUAAUAAUUUUCCCAUGCAGAGAGGAUGAGUAAGAUCAGUGUAGCUUUUAUGUUGGAACUAAUCUCCACUGAAAUUGAUGCCUUUCUCAUGCUAUUCAUUGCA